AUGAAAACAUCAACCACUUCAUGCUACUCGUGUUCGGGUGGUUUCAUUCAUCAUCCUCUUCUCAGUUUCAUCACCUACAAACGAUAUAACGGGAUUGUAUUGUUAUCCAUUGCUCUGAUUGUAAUAGUAGUAUUGGGCAUGAUUUCAAACGCCAACAAUGUAUUUGCAUCGGAAGUGGAGAAUCCAACCAAAGUAAAGAUUUGGAUUUAUUUCAAGGAUAAAGGACAAGAAGUGUCUGAUUUAAAGUCCUCUUCUCAAAUACCAACCAUCAUUGCAAAGAGAAUGUAUACAUUAGAGAGUAAAAAGAACAGCAGAUCAGUCAGAGAAAGUUCUUCCUUUACCUCUCCGACCAAUGUGGCCAUCACUGAAAAAGCGCUAGCAAGAAGAAGAAAACAAUUGACACAACAAUUCGGAACAAACGACAACGUUCAUGUAAAACGAUCGGACUUGUCUAUUUCAGAGUCUUCGUUGUAUUCUGUGCAUGAUAUUCCUAUUUAUGAAGACUAUAUUGAAAGAAUUGAAUCAAUACUGAGAACCGAUCAAAAAAUUGGAGUUCGAAGCAAUUGGUUGAAUGCUAUUAGUGUUGCAGAUGUCACCCAGGAUCAAGUUCUUAAAAUUCGAAAAAUGGAUUUUGUUCAACACAUUGAACAAGUUGCGAGUUUCAAACAACGAACACAAGUGACGGAUGAUCCCAUAAUUACUACAAAAUCUUCAUCCAGAACAACAGAACAAAACACAAUUUACGGAUUAGCACAAGAACAAUUAAGUCAGAUUAAUGUUAUUCCUCUCUUAGAAUCAAAUCCCAAUCUGAAUGGAACUGGUGUAACUGUUCUCAUUUGUGACAGUGGAUUUCAUCGACAGCAUCGAGCAUUUAAAAAUUUAAAGCUUGUGGCAGAGUAUGACUUUGUGUAUGGUGAUACCAAUACAGAUAAUGAACAAAACGAGUCAUCAACUGUUGGUAAUCAUGGAACUCAAUGUUUAUCAGCGCUUGCAGGUUAUGACCCCUAUACGUUUAUGGGAGUAGCACCAGGUGUGUCUGUGCUUUUGGCAAAAACUGAGGAUGUAAGGUCAGAAACUCCGGCUGAAGAAGACAAUUUCAUCGCUGCGAUUGAGUGGGGAGAACGAAUGGGAGCAGACAUAUUGAGUGCCUCUCUUGGUUACACCGAUUGGUAUUCGCACUCCAAAAAGAAUUACAAUGGUGUCACAUCACCUCUGACUCGAGUGGCCAACAUUGCCUCUCGAUAUAAGGGAAUUGUGAUGGUUCUAGCUGCUGGUAAUGAAGGCAAUGAAGGAAUUUCGACUCCUGCGGAUGCAUUUGACUCGAUUACUGUCGGAUCUGUGGACUCUAGUGGUGGUAUUUCGGUAUUCAGCAGUAGAGGUCCGUCAGACGAUGGACGUGUCAAACCAGAGGUUUGUGCACGUGGAACUAAAACCAAUGUUGUGGCUCCAAACAGUGAAUCCGAAUAUACCACCAAUUCUGGAACCAGCUUCUCAACUCCCAUUGUUGCUGGCUGUGUUGCUUUGGCCAUGCAAAUGCAUCCAGAUUGGACUCCUUAUCAAGUCAGAAAGGCGUUCAUGUUAACAGCAUCCCAAGCUUCUGCUCCAGACAAUAAUUAUGGUUGGGGUAUUGUGAAUUUGGCUGGUGUUAUGAAUUUCAGUCAAAAUUCAUCUUCGACAUAUUUUAACGACUCACCAACACCAUGUCCUGUUACCACCAAUCUUGGUCCUCUCUACAACAGUGAGUGUGGAUGGAAAGCAAACAGAGGAGUCUGCUUCAAUGGAUUGUGCCGUUGCUACUUGGCUUCAUCUACAAAGGACUCUUGUGACAUUCCGUCUGCAGGUUCUUCAAUUGUGACGAAAUGUGGACUUCAUAAUUGCAAAGGUGGAGUUUGUUCGAAAGAGAAGUGUCAAUGCUUUUAUGGAUGGAGUGGUACAGAUUGCAGCAUUCAAGAUGCUAUCAGCAUUUCCAGCACCAUUCUCUUCUCUCUCAACACUUUGGUCAUCGUCUUCCUUUGUAUCAUUUUCAUGUAA